AUGUCCCGCAUACAGCAGGACCAGUUCGUCGACGACGAGGAGGACGAGUGCUGCCCGCUGUGCGUCGAGGAGUUCGACCUGUCCGACAAGAACUUCCGCCCGUGUCCCUGCGGCUACCAAAUAUGCCAGUUCUGCUACAACAACAUCAAGACGACCAUGAACGGCCUGUGUCCCGCCUGCCGCCGUCCCUACGACGACUCGACCAUCGAGUUCAAGAACAUCACCCCCGAGGAGAUGGCCAAGCACAAGCAGCAGAUUGCCCAAAAGGCCAAGAAGAACGCCCAGAUACGGCAGAAGGAGGCCCAGAAGGCAGAGGCCGACUCGCUUAGCCGCAAACACCUCGCCGGCCUGCGAGUCGUCCAGAAGAACCUCGUCUACGUCACCGGCCUGACCCCGACUAUACGCGAAGACCGCCUGCUCGACACGCUGCGGGGCCCCGAGUACUUUGGCCAGUAUGGCAAGAUCAUCAAGAUCGUCGUCAGCAAAGCUAGGGAAAAUGCCAAUCAUCACCAGUCGGUCGGUGUUUACGUGACAUUCGCCCGCAAGGAAGAUGCCGAGGCAUGCAUCAAGGCUGUCGACAGUUCACAGAACGGAGAGAGGACGCUGAGGGCCCAACACGGCACGACCAAAUACUGCUCUGCAUAUCUCCGCGGCGAGCAGUGCAACAACCGCAAUUGCAUGUUCCUGCACGAGCCCGGCGAAGACAACGAAAGCUUUACUCGACAAGACUUGUCCAUGAUGAACUCGAUCCAGACGCAGCAGCCCGCCCUGUCAGCGACUUCCCGAUCCGCGCCCCCGUCCCAUCCUGGCCCCCCUGUUGCCGCUGCAACCUCCGCGAAUCGACAAGACAACUACGAUGCUCCGAGCCCCACCAUGGAAGCACCUGGUCUGCCAGCGACGGCGGGCUGGGCGAGCAAAGCUGCCCUUGAACGUCGCGCGAGCCGCUCAACCAUCGCCUCGAACCCAAGUCCACUCGUAACGAAUGCUGUUCCUGCGCAACCGCCAAAGGCACCAAAAGCUGAGGAACCACCCAAGAAGAAGAGCAAAGAGAAGGAGAAGGAGAAGGAAAGGGAGAAAGAAAAGGAGAAAGAAAAAGAAAAGGAGAAGGAACGAGAGAAAGAAAAAGAAAUGGAGAAGGAGAAGGAAAAGGAGAAGGAAAAGUCCCCGGAAACGUCGAAAUCAGUAACGCCGCAGCCUACUCCACCCCCAGUUGCGCGUCUCCCCAAGCCUCGCGAUUCUGGUCUCGAAGGUCUUCUGAAGUUCAUAUGCACGCCAGAUUUUAAAUUCGUCUUUUCCAGCGCCACUCUCUCGGAAGAAGAAUUCAAGGCCAUCGCGGAAUUCCCUCAAUUACUCGAUCCCAAUGGCGGUGCCAAACGUCGGGUCGCAAGGGAAAAGGAGAAAGAGCUAGCACUCCAGCGAGAAGCCGAGGCCGAGAUCAAAGCUGCAUUGCAACAAGCACCUGCUCCUGAACGCGACGAAACCGAGAUGACCGCGGGAGGUAGCUUGCAGUUGGGAGGCGAACCAGAAGAGGGACACGACACCAUUACAGGCCAUCUCAAUCAGCACGCUAUUGCGCCACCUAACCAAGCUUUUGGGAGCAACCUCUUCGGGCAGAACGUUCCCCUGGCGGAGGAUUUCAGCAAUCUCGGUCUCAACAGUCGAGCUCUUACGGCGCAGCAACAGCAGCAACUUCUUCUCUCCAACUUCAAGUCUGGGCCUCAAUCUGCCGGACUACUGUCGUCUACGCCGAAUCCUCAAAACCAGCAGCAUGGAUUGAGUGGGAACAACUCCGGCCACACACGACACACUUCCCGCUUCAGCUUCGCCAAUGACAGCGCAUCCGCUUCUGCAAACGUUCAGCCUGUUGCGAACCAGAAGCUUAUGAACCAGCAAAACUCAAUGAUGCCGAAAAACGCCAACCCGUUCAAUCAAAUUUCCCAGCAUCAGCCAAUGGGUGGGCAGUUCUUCACUAACGUGCAAGGACCACCUCCAGGUUUGAAAGCUACUGGAACACCGCCUGUGAGCGGCACUGGCAUGUUUGGCCAAGGUCAUGGAUUCGCUACUGGUGGUUUGGGCUACGGCGCGAACGCUGUCGGUAGAAACACCAACGAUACCAUGUACCAGGACCUGCUCCGAAGCAGGAACAUGGAUGGUGGUGCCCGGACUGCUGAUGGUAAGCGUGAGUCAAUGUUUCCUUCUUUCCUUAAUCAACACUCCUCGAGCUCUACGCCUGCCCCUGCCCCUGGCCUCCUUAGCUUCCCUUAUGGGCCUUCGCCUGGCGCUUACCAGGAGUCUGGUUCGCAGAAAUCCAAGAAAAAGGGCAAGAAACACAGACACGCUAACACUUCCUCUUCUGGAGGAGGUGGCCUUGCAGAUGUCCAAGACCCAAGUAUCUUACAGGCAAGAUUGCAUCAAGGAGGCAUGGUUGGCCAGGGCUUGUACAGCCAAGCUCCAAAUGGAUUUUCUGCCCUUUAUGCGAACAACAAUUACGGCGGCGCCGGACGAUGGUAG